AUGUCUCAGACUAAGAAAUUGACGCCGAAUCUCGAUCAGAGCACCACCAAGUUGCUCAAUCUCACUGUUCUCCAGCGAAUGGAUCCGUUCAUCGACGAGAUUCUCUUCACCGCCGCGCACGUUACGUUCUACGAUUUCAACAUCGAGACUAAUCAGUGGAGUCGCAAAGAUGUUGAAGGAUCUCUGUUUGUUGUCAAGAGGAAUGCACUGCCACAGUUUCAGUUUAUCGUUAUGAAUCGCAGAAAUACAGAAAAUCUAGUGGAGAAUCUAUUGGAUUUUGAGUAUGAACUUAAGAAUCCAUACUUGUUGUAUCGGAAUGCAUCACAAGAAGUUAAUGGUAUAUGGUUUUAUAAUGCUGAAGAAUCUGAAGAAGUUGCAAAUCUCUUUAAUAGGAUUCUUACUGCAUACCCAAAGGCACCUUCAAAUACAACAAUGCCUUCUAACAAAAGUGAGUUUCAAGAACAUGACCCAGCAUCAAUCAAAACCGAAAGCCCUGUAGAGUCAUCUUCAGCUGCUGCUACUGCAACUGACGCUGUUGGGGAUUCUGUAUUGACAAAUUUCUUCAACGCACCUAAGUUUACUGGACCUUAUGCUUCUAAUGUAGAUAGUUUUCAGCAGCCCUACCAUGCUGCUAGUGUCACUUCUAAUGUUCCUGGUGGUUUUUUGCCUCCUGUACAUUCUCUUCAAAUGCCAUCUACUUCUCUUGAAACAAUUAACAGUGGCAAUCCAGUUACUAAUCUUGUUAAGCCUUCCAAUUUUCUUGCACCCAGCCCUUUAUUACCAUUAAUUCCACCUGUUUCUUCACCUGUGCCACCUAGUGCGGCUGUUCAUCAUUCCCAGAAUCUGCCACACCAAUAUGGCACUCCACUGCUUCAACCCUUCCCACCACCUAAUCCUCCUUCUCAUACCCCUAUUUCUAUCUCCAUGCCAAAUAGUCUGGUUAUCAGCAGGGAUAAAGUCCGUGAUGCACUUAUAUCACUGGUUCAGGAGGAUAGAUUCAUUGACAUGGUGUUCGAGACGUUAUCGAAGACUCAUAAUUCAUGA